UGGGGUCAUGGUAACGGAAAUGGCGUCAGACAGCGUCCCCUUUUUCCAGUUUUGUACGACUUUUUGAACCUGGAACUUCAGCUUUUCUGUUUUGAUUUGCCGUCUCAGCUCAGCAUCUGGCGAGUUUCUUUUCAAACAGACUACCAUUAUCCUUCUACGGAAAGAAAUUUAUCUUCCAUUUACUAUCUGCUCUUCCUGCAGACCGUAGACUGUAAUCUGUGGAGUGUUCUUGUGAGUCAGCUUUAUCUUGUAUUGGCUGGUGGACGUCUGUGUACUCUUGCUCCUUGCGCUUGAGUUUGCUGUGACGAGUAAGGUGCCAUGGAUCCUGCUCAACUUCACAUGAAUUUGAAGCACAAUGCCGAGGACUUGCAAGAUUUUCUGCGAGGCAUGGGUUCCUGGGAAGAGGAUAUGAAGAAAAAAGACGCAGAGCUGAGGCAGCAGAGGAACGAAGCUGUCCGUAAUGUGCCACCAGUGCGGGGGAGUACUUCCAACUCUCGCAGCGAAGCAACCACAGCUUCACAACAGAGCAGUAGCUCGUCGCAGCAGAAGGCGUCGAAAAUCCGUGGCUUUGAUUACAGGGCAUGGGACAAACUUGAUGUGGACAAGGUAUGUGACGAAAUGGACGAGCAGGAGGAGAUGAGAACAGCUUCAGGGCUUGACACAAGCAACGUCCAGGUGCAGCAGGAACAACAGAACACAGAUGACAAGGCAGAGGAGACGGAGAACACAUCGGAUGAGGAGGAUAGCGAAGAUGAGCAGCAGAGAAUGCGGGACCUAGCUGUCAUGCUGAAGGACAAGGGAAAUGCUCACUUCAAGAAGGGCGACUAUGUAUCGGCUAUUGAGUGCUACACGAAAGGCAUGACAGCCGAUCCUAGGAACUCCGUACUUCCAGCUAAUCGUGCCAUGGCUCUGUUGAAGGGAGAAAGGUAUAAAGCUGCUUUGCAGGACUGUGAAGUGGCACUGUCUCUUGAUCCUGCCUAUGUCAAGGCCAGGCUACGGCGUGCUGCUUGCCUGGUCGGACUCGGGCAGCAAGACGAUGCCAAGAAAGAUUAUGAGGAAGUACUGCGCUUGGAACCUGGCAACAAACAGGCCCAGCAGGACUUGAAGAAACUGGCAGUGAAAAAGACGAAUGGCCAUUCUGUAUCUGCAUCAGCUGUUACUAAGCCUACCCGACCCAGAUCCAAGAAACCUCUGUAUAGGAUGCCAAUUGAAGAGAUCGGCAGGCCCACACCAUCGGAUCCCAGCAGCUCUGGUGCAGUCACAGCAACCCAGCUUGUCACCAGUAGCGCAGGCGUGAGGGAACAGCCAGCAGCUGCAGCAACGCACAAGCCCGUAGAAAUGCCAACGUCAACAGCAUCCUCUAUGUCUGUGUCUGAAUGGCUCGCCCAGGAUGAGCGUGUGAUUCGCACCCAUGACCUCCUGUCCAGCACUGUCGACAGUGCAAUAAAUCAGUCCUCUUGUCACAAUUCUACUAGGAAUGCUCCUGCUAUCACGUCACCCCAUCCUUCGUCUGCGGAUGUGUCACCCAACCCCGGCCCUUCAUCAUCCGGUAACGAUCGACAUGUAGCAGCAGCAGCGGCUGCAGACAAGUCCUCUGUCAAAUCCCGUUUACCCUUUCCGAAGUCCGCAUUCCAGCUGUCCAAAGACCUACGAUCACUCUCUGGACGUACGGACGAGUUGCGCAGCUAUCUGAAGGCGAUACCACCGGCAUCUUAUUCUUCCAUCUUGAAGCAAUCACUGGACUCGAACAUUUUAUCAUCGCUGAUUCAAGGAUACCGGGAGUGUUUCACCAGCUGUGGCGAAUCGGCAUUUGCGGAGAUGCAAGCCCUGAGCCAAGUACGGCGCUUUGAAAUGGCACUCAUGCUUCUUGAUGGCCGCGACAAACAAGUACUGGCGGAUUUGUUUGGGGAGCUUGCCGCUUUACAUCCUGGAGACUCAAGUGAAGAAGUUUCGAGACUUCGCCAAACGUACGGACUUUAGCUUUUUGGCCGCGGUGAAUCCUAGUCACUGCUGCUGCUGGCGCUUGGGACUUCUAUGUCCUCAGCUUCACCUCUCUGGGUAUGACACUAGUGCAUGGGACGAACAUGGAGCGGACUGGAAAGAGGAAUGAGUCAACAGCAUGUCCUACUUCAAGGCUAUGUGCACUUCUUAUGCAAUGACGGAUACACAAACAGAACCGCCUGCUUGCAGUUGCGUUGCUUGGAGGUAUUGUCCAUGUCCGGCAGGCGGCAGUGUGCGUGUGGUACUGUGUAUGGUUCAACACGUGCUUUAUUAAGCCCUGUUAUUAACCUUCUUUUUUCGCAGAAUUUGUAAUUUUUACGGACUUCGUUUUUAACCCUUCUUUGAAGUACAUGUACGCGUAUUUUCCAGGGUCAUAGCUGGCUUGAAAUUGAGGAGAGACAGCUGGGAAAGUUGAUGCAUAGUUGUACAACUCUGCAUUGCUCUAAACAUGGAGUGUAGCUUGAUAUUGUAGGCCUAAUGCCGUAUUUACUGAACUCUGUCCCUACAAGAUAACGCUAUUCCGUGGACGCACGGUUUUCCAGAUUAGAGAGGUUCCGGGCUACGUAACGUUGA